AAAUCCCAUCCCAAACUCACCGACUCACCGACUCACCUUCCCUGAUUCUUUAGGGCUUUGGCCCAAACUUAAUGAGAGCUUCUCUGUUCCUCUUAUUCUUCCUUUUUCCACUUUUCAUUUGAAUUUCUUAUUCAGUGUUUGUUACUCUCUUUGAUCUAUUUUCUACACCCGGCACCGUUGCAUUACAGUUAAUUUGUUUGGCUUUUAGGGUUUCCCUGUUUACAAUUCUUCUGUGUUUUCGCAGCUUGUAAGUGCUGAUCAAGUCAUAAUUUGUAUUAUCUAAUACCAGAGAAUAUCAAUUGGUGCGGAAUGAACAGCUCCAGGGAAGAUUCUCCAGAUUGGCUGCGCUCUUUUCAGGCACCAACUUCUAAGUUGACAUUAUCUUCGGAUUCCGAUUCUUUGCCAAAUGGUAGCCUCCUUAGGGAGGAUAAAACUGAUGAUGAAGACAUCAUUCUACACAGGUCAUCAACAUUGGAAAAGAAGAAUGUAAACGACGAUGAAGUAGAUCAAACACCUUGGAAAAAGAAGAAAACUGAUGUCUUCGAAAAACAGGAAGGGAGUGAGGAGGAUGGAAAGGUUUUUAUGGAAGAAAUGUCCGAGAAAGACUUGGGGUCUCAUGCAGCAAAUCGUUCAGUUUGGACAUUGUCAUCAGAUUCUGAGUAUUCUCCUGGAAGGAAGGAGAAAGUGUCUUUAUCUCAAGAAAGUGGUGAGACCAGUGAUCCAGUUCUGACUGGCAGAGUUGAAAAGGCUCCACGAAAGAAGACUUCUAAAGGAAUAUCUCCAAAAAAGGGGGUAAAAAUUGGGGGGCGGACGCCCAAAAAGGAGAAGAAUGCGAAAGAUGGUGCAAAGGUUACAGAAAAUAAUGGUAAUGUGAAAACUGCUGAGGAGGCAGCAUCAGAAAAGCACAUUGAACCUCAUGUUUCCACCUCAAGGUUGCCUUUGGUGCUGUCCGAGAAAGUUCAACGCUCAAAGGCACUUGUUGAGUGCGAAGGGGAUUCAAUAGAUCUGAGUGGCGAUAUGGGGGCUGUUGGUCGAAUUGUAGUUUCUGGUUCUGCAUCUGAAAAUCAUGAGAUGUUCUUAGACUUAAAAGGAACCAUAUACAAAACAACAAUAGUGCCUUCCAGAACAUUUUGCAUCGUUAGCUUUGGCCAGACUGAGGCUAAGAUAGAGGCUAUCAUGAAUGACUUCAUUCAGCUGAAGCCACAAUCCAAUGUUUAUGAAGCAGAAACAAUGGUGGAAGGUACGCUAGAGGGCUUCUCAUUUGAUUCUGAAGAUGAUGCCGAGAAGAUGCUGAAGCACCAAACCGAGCAAAAUGAGGAAAUUGAUGGGAAAAUGAAUGGGAAAUCCAAAGGAAGAGCUGAGAAAACAUCUUUGGCAUCCCGGAAGAGAGGUAAAACUGGUGGAGGAAAGUCACAGCCGGCGAAGAAAGCAAGAAAGAAGACGGCCAUUUCGAAGAAACCCAAGGCCAAGAAAUGAAUGAGAAGACGAGCCAAUGGUGGUAUUGGCAAUCACUGCUCCUGAAUCACAUGUCAUGGCUUGCGUGUUUGCUGUUUUUUUCAUUAAUCAUAUGCAAACGUAAUAUUUCAAUGGCCACAAUCUUAAAAUAAAGUAUUUUUAUUUUAA